AUGGGUGGAAGGUGUGCCGGAGUUGCAGCUGCAACGGAACCUCCGACCAAAGUCGGGGGCGGAACCACGAUAAAAAGAAAUGCUUAUGAUCAAAAGAGGAAGUCGAAAGAAGCAAACACUCAGAUGCAGAAACCACCAAACCCUAAUGGAAAUGCAAAUGCGGGUGUUGAUCCAAGUGGUGAGGCUGCGAAUGAGAAUGCUAGAAGCAAUAAGCAUGCAGCUGGGCUUACAUUUUGGACAAUGUUAAAUGGAUGCAAGACCCGAGGUGAAUAUAUGAGGGAUAGUGAUCUUGACAAGGCUAUACUUUGUUCAAACUGCUGUCAGAUUUUAAUUGCAACCGAGAAGUCUCCAUGA